AGCCUCAUUUGCUCAUCUCAUCUUCCAUCCGCCGCCCCGUCCCCCCGGCUGCUGUGCAGACGUCGUCAAAGUGCGGUUCCCACACCUCGCCAGCCAAUCCUCCGCCAUGGACUUCUCCGACAUCUUGUGAGUCCUCGUGGAGCUUGGGCGGCGUGCACACAGGCAGCUAUGCAGCGCCGCCUCCUGCUCAACCACGCGUGCUCCCCCCCGACUCUGUCCAUGCCGAUGACUAAUGUCUGUCCUGUCCAGUCGCAUGGUGAAUUUCGCCGUCGCCGUCUUUGUGGUCCUCGGCGGUAUCGCCAAGCUGUUCCCGUUUUCGGAUUUGUGAGUGUGCGCCCGCUGCACAUGCCCUUCCCAACCCGCCGCAUCGACCCCCUCUCCACCGUUCCUAUCUAUUCUUUGGCGCGGACACUGCUGCCGCGGAGCUACACGCGCCACACGGCAACGAGGGCGAGGGCACAGAGCAGAGGCGCCAAUGGCUAGGCGUCGUCGCUGCCCACAUGGCAGGCACCAGCCAGGUCCCAGAGAUGGCGCUGCCGUGCUCUUCCAACCCGUCAUUGCCCACGGAUGCACCCUUUGGCUUCAUGUAACCUCGUACCGCGCUAACCGUGGCCUCAGCUCCAACAUCAUCCUUGGCGUAUACCUCAUAAUAUUCGGCCUGGGAACGGCUCUCCUUGAGUUCCAGAUCCCCCAGCAAGUGGCGCGCUAUGCCUCUUUCAUGUUCUCGUUCCUCGGCCGCGGCAUCUUCUACAUCUUCAUUGGCUCUGUUAUCGUAGGCGAGCGCUGGUUCCGCAUUGUGCCCGGUACCAUUGUCGGCAUCAUUGGUGUGGCCUAUGCGGCUCUGGAGUUUGUUCCCUCCAUCGAGCCCCCUGCCAACAUGCGCGAUGCGGAUGCCGGUUGGGGCGCCGAACAAGUCUAAACCCACGACUGACAAAGAAGAGGAUGGCGCUUGCAGAGUCGUCGUCAACAUAUUGGUCGCCAGGCCUCUGGGCCUCGGCGAGGAAAAGAGCAUGGUUGCGUGUGGUUGAUGCAAUCAAUAGGUGUUGUACAUGUCUGGUUGGUGAAAUGCAGGGUGCAUGUAGAGGCGUCGUAAAGCUUGUGGGGGGAAGACUUGGGAAAUGACCGAAUUGUCGACGUCAGAAUAAGCUUUUGCAGUCUUCACCCAGCGUGUGCGAGCAGAGGUAGGGUCUAGUUCUCACGUAGUUUAUUUUGAAUAGCAAAAUGCUUAUUUCAAUAGUGC